GUCGUGUCCUGUUCUCUCUGAAAGCUGCGGUAACGUCGGUAGCGGAGUGUUUUUAUAUCCAUAACUGUGAUUAUUCGGCGCCGUGGAGGAGGCUGCUCGCUCUGCAGGGGUAAACAGCAUUGCAGCCAAAUCCAAUACAUUUGAAGUAAAUGGUGACAAUUCUUCAAUUUGAACCCUGCUCCCGUGGUGCCCUCCAAGUGUCCGUUAACCCAGACGUUCAAAUUCAACUUUAAAACAUCAGCAUCAUCAUAGUGCUGCAGUUUGUUGUGCGGACCAAGGACUCCUGAGGCUGUGGCAGACGGCUCAACAUUCCACAUUUUUGGACCAAGCAAUCAGGAUACUGCUGCGCCUUGAGGUCAGAGGUCAAAGAGUCAUGGGGACCAGGAGGGUGCUGGUGACUGGAUGCUCUUCCGGCAUUGGCUUGGCUGUGGCCGCACGGCUGGCUAAAGAUGAGCUGCGACGGUUUAAAGUGGUGGCCACAAUGAGGGAUAUCGGAAAACGGGGGCCCUUGGAAAAGGCGGCAGGAGCUUCCUUAAACAAAACCCUGGAAAUCAAACAGCUGGAUGUCUGUUGUGAAGACUCCAUCAAAGAGUGUGUCAACAGCCUGCCGGACAGAAGGGUGGAUGUCCUUGUGAAUAAUGCAGGUGUUGGCAUGAUCGGGCCACUGGAGUGCCAAAGUAUUGCUGCCAUGAAGGAGGUCUUCGACACAAACUUCUUCGGGCUGGCGCGGCUAGUGAAAGAGGUGCUGCCUGGCAUGAAGCGACAACAGAGCGGCCAUAUCGUUGUGAUGAGCAGCGUCAUGGGAAUCCAGGGGCUUCUGUUCAAUGACGUCUACUCUGCCUCUAAAUUUGCUGUGGAAGGAUUUUGUGAAAGUCUGGCAGUGCAGGCAAUGAAGUUUAACAUCAAGACGACUCUUGUGGAACCUGGCCCUGUGGUGACGGAGUUUGAAAGGAAAGUGUACGAAGAUGCCGAGGGGAUGGAUCUAUCAGGGACAGACGAGGAGACGGCCAAAAUCUUCCAUGAAGUUUACCUGCCAUACUCGAAAAAGGUCUUUGCCUCAUUAGGCCAGACACCGGCAGAAGUUGCUGAGCAAACAAUUAAAGUCAUCACGGCCAAGGAACCUCCUCUGCGCCACCAGACCAACCGCCUGUACAUGCCCAUGAUUGCACUGAAACAUGCAGAUCCAACCGGCCGCCUGCCUCUGGAAACCUUUCACAAGAUGAUCUUUAAACACGACCGGGUGCUCAAUGCUACUCUGGCUUUGCUUCGACUUCUGCGGCGAAGAGGAGGAGAGAAAUGAUGACUCGGCUGUCGGGUUGCAAACACUGUAGAUGUUAUUCCGCAGGAGACAGUGACUGACUGUACAUGCAAGUUGUUGUCGCUAUUCUUUGAGAAUGACCUCCAGCUGUGAGCGGACAGAGGUUUGAGUGAACAUGUUUCUGUUAUCUGUGUGAAACAGUAACUACAGUGAUAAUAGUAAUUGAAUGUGAUCUGUAAGUGUGUACCUAAAGUAUGUCUCACUGAGCAAUAUUAUAAAGCCUUCAAACUUUC